GAAUGCUUAUGGUUUCCCAUUUCUGUCAGUAAAAUCACAAUAUUUUACUGCAUGUACAGAGUGAAACGUCAACGUGGAACAUUGCCCAUCAGCAGCAAACGAUGGACGAAUAAUUAAAGGUCGCAAAUUAAACGGAUCUAUAUACAAACAUAAUUUCGUAGAUUGCAGGAUGUUCACUCUUCUGUCAGGUCUCUACAAGUACAUGUGCCAGAAGGAUGAAUAUUUUGUUGUGAUCCUGGGACUUGAUAAUGCGGGGAAAACAACAUAUUUAGAGAAAACCCAGACAGUGUUCAACAAAAAUUACAAAGGAGUUAACCUGAAUAAGAUUACCACAACUGUUGGUCUUAAUAUUGGAAAGAUAGAUGUUAAAUCUGUACGCUUGAACUUCUGGGAUUUAGGAGGGCAGGAAGAAUUACAGUCACUUUGGGAUAAGUAUUAUGCAGAGUGCCAUGCUGUUAUCUAUAUGGUGGAUGGAGCUGACAGGGGAAGGAUUGUGGAGUCCAAACAAACAUUUGACAAAAUGAUUACUAGUAGUGCUCUAGACAGUGUUCCAUUACUUGUGGUUGUAAAUAAACAGGAUCUAGAGGAAUGCAUGAGUGUGGCAGAAGUGAAAGAGGUGUUCAACACAAGUGCCCACAAGAUUGGGCGGAGAAGCUGCCAUUUGCUUGGGGCAAGUGCAUUAAAUGGUGAGGGAAUAGAUGAGGGCAUUCACUGGGUAGUGACUGCAGUGGAGGCAAAUAGCCAGAGGAGACCACCCACAGAAAAAGAGAUCAGAUAAUGUGAUGGCCUGAAAAGAAGCUUUCUUGGUUGUUCAUGCAUGGUGACAGAGUUGACCAUGACUUCCAGUGCAAUAACACAUUCUCGUUGAUGUCAAUAAGGGUCAACUUCAAUGUGAUAAUCAAAUGAAAAAAACACUUUGACCCUUACACUGGAUGGCCUACUACAGAAUCUGAAAAAGCUUUUUAUAGUGAGACAGGUUAUGACAUAGAACGUUAUAGAUGGCUUAAGACUCUUUUACACUGGACUUGCAAUCACUUGGAAAAAGAAUUUUGGUAAACUCUCAUCAAUGUGCAACAAAGGAAGAGGCUGUAAUUUUAUUGUUCAUUAAAACUGAUGUAUGAAUUUGAUGUUGAAUAUCAAAUAUGAAGAGGGGUGAGAGUGGAAAUAUAUGUGUAAUGAGUGGACACAAGCCCAAUGUAACGGGGGGGGGGGGUUCAAUUACAAAAAUUCAAAUAUGGACCCAAGUGGAUGAGAAAAAUAAAUAUAAAUUGACUUUUCAUUAUAUCUAUGGAGAACAGGAAUUAUUAAAAGCUGACAAGCAUGCAGCAAUUUUAAACAUGCACUUUUGUCUAAUUAUUUCUCAAUCAAAUUGUUGAACAUUAAAAAAAUGUAUAUUUAAUAAAAGAUGGGAGUGGACAAAUUUGUUGGUGACCAUGCACAUUUAGUUACACCAUAUAAAAUUUGGAAUAUUUACCAAUAGGAAAGGUGGGUUUGGUUAGUAAGGCAAUAUUGGUUUUAUAGAGUUGAGGGUACGUAGGUAAAGUUCAGGAGACCACAAAAGAUUAAGAUGUACAAAGGAGUUGGGGUCCUGCUUACAGUUUGCUUGUUUUACGUUUUUUCUUUUUAAUGGGUUGUUCAAGUUUUAAAAUCAAUUUGUGAACAGUGAGGGGCUGAAUAAAAUACUGAUACACACAACAAUGAAUCAAAUAAAAUGUACAAUGGAUUCAAAAGCUAUUGCUGAUGACAAACUUGUUCUUUUGACAAAAUGUGUUCGUUUCUGUUCAGUGUAAAAUAUAGUUUUGAGUAGGGUAAAUGGAUUUUUUAAAGUCUACGCUUAUAAUUACUUUAUUUCAAUAUUUAUUUGUUUAAUGUAGGAAAUAAUCAUGGUUACAAAAAACAGGAGCUGCAGCCAUUAUUUCAGUUUUAUUCAGUUAUGAUGUCCGAAUUUAUUUAUGCAAAGGAAUUACCACAAGCUAAAAAAACAUACUACAAGGAUGGAAAAGGCAAUUUAACCAAAGAACUAGUAUUUUGCAGGUCAAACAGACAACUGUUGAUAUGCACUAGUAAAAUUGCUGAAGACUAGAAAAUUCUGGGCUUCUUUUUCAUGUCAAAGUUAUUUCUGGUAUAUUUUAAAGUAAAAUACUGCUAACAGUUGUAAACAAAUGUAAAGGUUUUGUAAAUGAUAUAUUUAUUGUUGUAUUGUUAAUAAAAAUCCAUACACACACA